AUGGCUUGUCGAGAAGCUGCCCAUUCAGGCUCAUGGUACUCUGACGACGCGGCGACCUUGACCCGUCAGCUCGACGAGUGGAUGGGCAGGGUGCCAAACGAGAUCGAAGGUAUUGGAAGCUUGCCGGUUGCUGGUGCUAGGGUCAUUAUUGCUCCCCAUGCUGGAUUUGCCUAUUCUGGGCGAUGUGCAGCUUUCGCCUAUAAGUGUCUCGAUUUAUCCAAGGCCAAACGCAUUUUCCUGAUCGGGCCUUCUCACCAUCAUCCUUUCUCCAAGAUCGCCCUGCCGGAGGUGUCUUCCUACUCCACCCCCCUCUCACCAGACCCACUGCCACUUGAUAAAGAGGUAAUUGCAGAAUUGUUGAACCGGGCCGAAAAUGGCCAUGUUCGCUUUUGCACCAUGAGCCAAGCCAUUGAUGAGGCCGAGCAUAGCCUAGAACUCCAUCUCCCAUACAUUCACUAUCUCUUGCAGCGUCUAUACCCGGACGAACCAGCGGCGUCUUAUCCUAAACUUGUGCCCAUGAUGGUCGGAAGCACGUCCGCUCCCACAGAGCAGGCCUUUGGAAGGAUCCUGGCCCCAUACUUGGCGAACCCAGAGAAUGCUUUUAUCAUCUCCUCGGAUUUCUGCCACUGGGGCCUCCGGUUUGCGUACGCGUAUUAUAUCGACGACGUCCCCUCUCCAGGGCCUGUGCUGCCCCUGUCGUAUGACGCGUUGCCCCAACCGUCAGAGGCGUUGAAGCUCGGAUCGGCCAGACGCCAAAUCACUGCCGUUUCCAGCGGUCGUUAUCUGCGUGCGGGUGACCAGUUGCCAAAGCAUGCGGAUGUUCCGGCUAUUUAUGAAAGUAUCUCCGCCUGUGAUAUCGCAUGCAUGUCUGCCAUUGCGUCAGGCCACAAGCAGACCUUUUUAGACGCGAUCAAGUCUACAGGGAAUACCAUCUGCGGAAGACACCCAAUUGGGCUUAUUAUGUCAGCCUUUGAGUUUGUUCUGGGGAAGGAUAAGGAAAAUAUUAGGGAUUUGGAGAUCAAAGCGGCGGAUGAGACUCAGACUCAUUUGAUGCGGGGAGCAUUCAACUUCGUCCGAUAUGAGAGGAGCUCGAACUGUGUUUCGGUCGUGGACAGCUCUGUCAGCUACGUUUCUGCCUUUGCGGUGUUGUAA